UUGCAUAUCUUGUAGUUGGGCUGCUGCGGCGUUAAAGGUCCCGAUGACUGGAAGGAAAACUAUUCGCCCAACAACAUGACCCACCUGGAUGCGGAUGAUGUGGUGGUGCCAUUCUCGUGCUGCGGCAGCGUGGGCCCGAGUGCCAACGAUAACGAGAUGAACUGCGUGGAGCCGUACGAGCAUGGCUGCUUCAACAAGAUGAACUUCAUCAUGUCGCAGAGUGCCAUGCUGAUUGCCACCGGCGCAACCACUGUGGCCUUUGUCCAGCUGCUGGGCGUGCUCUGUGCCUUUAUGCUGGCCAAGACAUUGCGCCGCCACAAGUCGAUACGCGAGGCACGCCGCUGGCAGCUGCAGCAGAGCCUGGGCGUGCUCAUCUCCGGCGGCAAGGUGGGACUCCCAGCCAAUUCGGCAAUGAGCGGCUAUCAGCAGCUGGAGAACGGCAACGAGCAGGGCACUCACGAGCCCUACACAUACACACCCCAGAGUCCCAGCGUCAACUGAGGCCAGAGCAGCAAUUCU